AUAGGUAAGCACAAUGGUUCAAAAGUCGUAAUAAGGCAGACGUCCCACGAGGAGGUAGGGAUAGGAGUUGCUGGGGAGGUUAAUGUCCCCAAGGAUAGAUAAAUACUGACAGCAAAAUCUAUUAUUUUUGUCUGCAUAAACAUUCCUUCGAAACCAUAGUGCAUUGUAACUGCCCUUUCUUGGCACAAAAUGCCCUUCACGGUCAGUAUCAAUUACGGCUGUAUAGAAGUAGAAUCCGCUCUCUAUUACGGUUUGAUCAUGGGAAUUCUGAAGCAAAUAGCUUUGAGUGUGAUGGUGAUUCUAGGGACCAUUGCCAUUAUUCUAUAUUCGAUCUGGAUAUACCUUGGGUUAGAACAUAUUCCAAACCGAAUUGAAGAUAUCAAUUCACAACGGAAUGCUACAUACGAUUUCAUAAUAGUUGGAGCUGGGACGGCUGGAAGUGUUCUGGCCAACCGGCUCUCGGCGAAUCCAAACGUAUCAGUUCUCCUCGUGGAGGCUGGGGACGUGUUUGGAGCGGCUUCCAUUAUGCCGCUAUUCAGCACGGCCAUGCAACAAACCCGCUACGAUUGGGCUUUCCGUACAACGCCGCAGAAGUAUUCGUCACAUGGGCUAAUCAAUAAUCAACAAUUUCUACCGCGCGGCCGAGGGCUGGGCGGUUCGGGACAAAUCAAUUACAUGCUGCACUUUGCCGGGAUUAGAGAGGAUUUCGAACGAUGGCGACAGUUGGGAGCGUUGGAUUGGGGCUACGAGCAGAUGAAGCCCUACCUGGCGCGACAUGAGAAGCAAGUAGGGGAUGACGGCACGAUGUCGCAAGAAGCGUGCGAGCUGGAACUGAAGAAGGAUGACGAAAUUUUCGAGCAAAACCAAUAUCCAACGCUAUUGACUAAUAUGGAUAAAUCGGCCACCCUCAACUUUUGCUCCAGCCGAGUCCUAUCAUGCACCUCAGACACUGGACCCAAACUGCACAUCACAUCCGUUGAUCCAGAAAACAAUCUCCUGGCCAAAGCCUUCACGGAAGCUCCCAACUACUUGGGUCCGGAACACGACUUUAACGUAGCCCGGUACACCAUCCGGAACGGCAUCCGUUGGAGUAGCUACCACGCCUUUCUACGACCAGCAUUCAACCGACCGAACUUACAUCUGCUGACUCACUCAAUGGUAGAGAAGAUCCUUUUUGAUGCACAAAAGAGAGUCUCCGCGAUUGUCGUCAAAACCCCCGGUAGUAACGACUCCGUUGAAAUCAAAUCCACCAGAGAAGUGAUACUCUGCGCCGGUGCUUUCCAAACUCCUCAAAUCUUGAAGCUAUCGGGAAUCGGUCCGGCCACGGAACUCAAGCGGCACGGCAUUCCCAUCGUUCACGACUCACCGAACGUCGGCCAGAACUACUUCGACCACCUGAACCUUCCUCUGUUCGUCUCGAUCAAUGCCACGGCCAGUGUCACCGUGAACAAAAUCCUAAAUCCCCGUACCAUCGCAGACUACCUAAGCAAGGGCACCGGAGUUCUCGCCACAACCGCCGUGGCCGGAAUCGGAAGUCUCCGUGGUGGCAAGUUUGGGAUCAUCUUGUUCGGCAUGGGAAGCGUCGACGAACAGGCGCUGCGGCAUGUGUCCAACCUGCAACGGGAUACGUUCCGGGCGUUCUUCCCGCUGCAUCACAACACCAGCCAGGAAGGGUUCCUGUUUCUGAACACGUGCCACCAACCGAAGAGCCGAGGGGCGGUGUUUUUGAAGGACCGAAGGGUCGAGUCUCCACCGUUUAUUAACCCGAACUACCUGAAGGAUCGCUACGACGUGGGGUGCAUGAGUGAUGCCAUCCGAUUGGCCGCGAAAACUGUGGACAGCGAGCCGUUCCGACGUUUGGGCGCCAUACUGCACUGGCCACGGGUGAAACGGUGUGCCAACUUUGGCCCGUUCGAGGAGGAUUUUCUAACCAAUCGACCGAGUGAUCGAUACUUGGAGUGUAUUCUGAGGGUGGCGGCCUUGACCGGACACCAUCCGGGCGGAACGGCCGCUAUGGGACUUCACUCGGAAGCGGUGGUGGAUAACAAUUUAAGGGUUAACGGAGUAACUGGAUUGCGGGUGGUCGACGCCAGUGUGUUUCCAGCACCCGUUUCAGGGACCCCAAAUUCGGUGGUGAUUUCCGUUGCCGAAAAAGCCGCUGACAUUGUUAUGAAAGACUUUUCGGAAAAUUGAGUGUCACCUGUUUAAGGUAAGUUUUUUUUGUAAUCUAUUGUUAUUAAUAUCAUACGUUUUAGACAAAAAAGCAGUGUAGCACUCAUUUCAGAGAAAUUCCUUUUGUUUGCAUCAUCCCAUUAAUUGUAAAUCAGCGGAAGUAGAGUUUCGAUGAGUCUUGGGUGAUGUUCGUCCAGUUUUCCUGAAAGUUUAGGGUUCCCUGCAAGGUUCCCAUGUU